AUGGAUUGGGUACCAAAUCAAGAAGGUUUGAAUCAAUUGAUUAUGAUUCUCAAACAAACCAAUUCACCAAAUCAAGAGACACAAAGAAAUAUUCAUACAGAAUUAAACAACUUUCAUCAGAUCCCAGAUUACAACAAUUACUUGACAUUCAUCUUUAAAUUGACCAAUUUGGAAGACUAUGUAAGAAGUGUAGCAGGUUUGAUCUUGAAACAGAAUAUCAAGGCAUACUACCCAAAGAUGCCAAGAAAAGUACAAAACUUUAUCAAAGCUGAAGUAUUGCCAAUUCUCUCUGAUCCAAAUCAAAAGGUUCGUCAGACCGUUGCAAAUAUCAUUACAACCUUAAUUUUAAAGAGUUCAUUCGAAUCGCCAAAUCCCGUCUACAGAAGAAGGGCACUCGCAUCGCUACACUAUUUCAUUCCAAGCAUGCCAGGUGCACUCUUGAUCAAUAUGGACAGCUAUCUCAAUGGAAUCUUCUCGCUGAGCGAAGAUCCCAAUCCAGACGUUCGUGUCAAAGUCUGCAGAACCUUGGUACUUCUCAUUGAGAUUCGUAUUGAAUUCUUGAUGCCACACAUCAAACAGGUCAUCAUGUACAUGCUACACGCUUCACGUGACCAAAACGAAGAUGUUGCACUCGAAGCAUGUGAAUUCUGGACUGCCAUCGCCGAGACACCCAAUUGUAAAUCACUACUCAGAGAAUUCUUACCAACUUUGAUUCCAAUCCUAUUAAAUGGUAUGGUAUAUUCAAGUGAUGAAUUUGAAUUGUUGGAUGUUGAAGACGAUGCUGCCAUUCCAGAUCGUCCACAAGAUAUUAAACCAUUCAUUGGUAGUUCAAAACAACAUUCAUCUGGACCAUCCGGUGCUCAAGGAUUUGUAUUUUCUGGACAACAGCAACAACAACAACAACAACAAGAGGAGGAAGAUGAGGACGACGAAGAUGACGAUGAUUUUGUAGAGGAAGAUUCAUGGUCACUCAGAAAGAGUUCAGCAUUGGCUUUGGAUACUCUUUCGACACUUUUCGAUAAUCAAGAGUAUCUUGCUAUUGCUUUGCCUUUGAUCGAACAAAAGAUGAAUGAGUCGAAUCCUUGGAUUGUCAGAGAGAGUGCUAUCCUUGCAUUGGGCGCUAUUGCAGAGGGUUGUCUCGACGGACUCGCUCCACAUCUCAAGGCGGUCGUUCCCUACUUGAUCAACACACUCAACGAUCCAAAGCCAUUGGUCAGAUCGAUCACCUGCUGGGCGCUGAGUCGUUACUCCUACUGGAUCUCCACAGAGGGACCAGAGUUCCUCUACCCACUGAUUGUCAACCUCUUGAAUCGUAUUCUCGAUAACAACAAACGUGUACAGGAAGCCGCUUGCUCUGCAUUUGCAACCAUCGAAGAGGAUUCCGACGCUCACUUGAAACCAUUCUUGCCAGACAUUCUAGCGACCUUUGUCAAAGCAUUCCACAAGUAUCAAGCCAAGAAUCUUUUGAUCCUCUACGAUGCCAUUUCAACCUUGGCCAAAGUUGUAGGAAAGGAUUUGAACAAACCUGAAUAUAUCAAUAUUUUAUUACCACCAUUAUUAGAGAAAUUCAAUAAUAUAGAUGAUCGUAAUAAGACACUUUUACCAUUAUUACAAUGUUUAACACCAAUUUGUUCAUCUAUUGGUAUUGGACUCAAUGAAAUUAUUGUUAUAUUUUAUAAUAGAGCCGUUAGAAUUAUCAUUGAUACUUUGACUGCCUAUAAGCGUUUCAAAGAGAAUCCAGAUGAAUACGAAGAACCAGAUAAAGAUUUUGUUGUAUGUUGUUUGGAUUUGAUCAGUGGAUUGGCAGAGGGUGUCGGAACCAGUAUAGAAAGUUUGGUGACACCAUCCAAUCUUCCACUUGUAUUGCUAGAGUGUAUGAGAGAUCACCAACCAGAUGUUCGUCAAAGUGCAUUCGCUCUUCUCGGUGACAUGUCAAAGAUUUGUAUCCUACACUUCAAGCCAUACAUCCCUGAAUAUAUUCCAAUUCUCAUUACCAAUCUAUAUCCAGACUUAGUACCAGUAUGUAAUAAUGCUUGUUGGGCACUCGGUGAAAUCGCCGUUAGAAUGCCAAUGGAUGUCAAGCCAUUCGUAAAGAGCAUCCUGGAAAAGUUGAUUCCAAUCAUGCAGAAUGUCAAGUUGCAUCGUAACAUUCGUGAGAAUACAUCGAUCACCCUGGGUAGAAUGGGUUUGGUAGCACCGGAAGUUUGUGCUCCACACAUUGACGAGUUUGUUCAGUGUUGGUGUAUGGCCAUUCGUGGAAAGGUCGACGACCAAGAGAAGGACUCUGCAUUCCGUGGUAUGUGGAUGAUCAUCAGUACCAACCCAACCGACUCUGUCAAGCAUCUCGUUUACAUUUGUGACGCCAUCGCCAGUUGGAAUCGUCUCGAGCAAGAUCUCAACGAUGCCUUCAAGAAACUGUUGCACGUCUUCAAGAGUAGCAUCGGUGAUCACUGGCCACAGUACUACAUUCAAUUCCCAGAGCAACUAAGAAAGAUUCUUGAUGAGAGAUAUCAACUCGAUAGAUAA